CAGACUCCAUUUUGAGUCAACGGAGCAGAAGGACAGAGACUUUAGAGAAAGGGUUGAUUGACCUGCAUGGGUUAUUUUGUUUUGGGUUGAGAAGAUGAGCAAUCAAGGGGACGAAGAGGAGGACAGACCAAAGUCUCCUAUGUCCAGCGGUCUCUCCUUGAAGAGUGACCGGUUUAAAGAUUGGCUUCCAAACUUCAUUAAUGAACCAGGAUGCUCAGAUUCCCAAAUAAUAAAGAGACCUGUUUGUGUGGAGGAACGAUCCGGAACAAGACGACUGCAGAUAUCCAGUCAGUCCAGAAGUGUAACAGCAGAUAGAGGUCUACAGGAGGUUCUAGAUGAACACAGGAUCAGUCUGAGGGAGAGAUGUGAACAUGUGACUGAAGGAAGUGAUGAAGCAGGAAGUAGAACCCUCCUGAACAGGAUCUACACUGAGCUCUACAUCACAGAGGGACAGAGUGAAGAGGUGAACAGCCAACAUGAGGUGAGACAGCUUGAGACAGCCUCCAAGAUGGAGAGCCUCCAUGAGACUCCAAUCAAGUGUCAGGACAUCUUUAAAGCCUUACCUGGCCAACAGACACCCAUCAGAGUGGUUCUGACCAACGGUGUGGCUGGUGUUGGAAAAACCUUCUCUGUGCAGAAGUUCACUCUGGACUGGGCAGAGGGCUCAGAAAACCAAGACGUCAGUCUGCUGGUUCUGCUUUCAUUCAGGGAGCUGAACUUGAUCAGAGAUGAGCGCUACAGUCUUCUGGAGCUGCUCCGUGUUUUCCAUCCAACAUUACAGGAGAUCAGAGCGGAGACGCUGGCUGUCUGUAAACUUUUGUUCAUCUUUGACGGCCUGGAUGAAAGCAGACUGUGGUUGGAUUUCAACAUCAGUGAGGCUGUGUCUGAUGUGUCAGAGAAGUCCUCGUUAAACGUGCUGCUGGCAAACCUCAUCAAGGGGAAUCUGCUUCCCUCAGCUCUCAUCUGGAUAACGUCUCGACCUGCAGCAGCCAAUCAGAUCCCUCCUUCAUGUGUGGACAGGGUAACAGAGGUCCGAGGCUUCACUGACGCCCAGAAGGAGGAGUACUUCAGGAGGAGGUUCAGUGAUGAAGAUCUGUCCAGCAGAAUCAUCUCCCACAUCAAGACAUCCAGGAGCCUCCACAUCAUGUGUCUGAUCCCAGUCUUCUGCUGGAUCACUGCUACAGUUCUGGAGCACAUGAUGAGCACGGAGCAGAGAGGAGAGCUGCCCAAGACCCUGACUGACAUGUACUCACACUUCCUGUUGGUUCAGACCAAGAGGAAGAAGAAGAAGUAUGAUGAGGGACCUCAGAUGAAUCCUGAGGAACUCACCAGAUCUGACAGGAAAGUUCUUCUGAAGCUGGGGAGGCUGGCGUUUGAACAUCUGGAGAACGGAAACAUCAUGUUCUACCAAGAAGACCUGGAGCGCUGUGGUCUGGAUGUCACAGAGGCCUCGGUGUACUCAGGAGUUUGUACUGAGAUCUUUAAAAGAGAGAGUGUGAUCUUCCAGAAAACAGUCUACUGCUUUGUUCAUCUGAGCGUUCAGGAGUUUCUGGCUGCAGUCCACAUGUACCACUGUUUCACCAACAGGAACACAGAUGUCAUUGAGGCGUUCUUAAAAGACAUUAAACACAAAAAAUCAUCCAGUAAGUCUCUAUUAAAGAGGAUUACUAAGUUUUUUCAAACUCCAUCCCUGGAUGUCUUCCUGAAGCGUGCCAUGGAGAAAUCCCUGAAAAGUCCAAAUGGACACCUGGACCUGUUUGUUCGCUUCCUUCACGGCCUCUCUCUGGAGUCCAACCGGAGACUCUUAGGAGGUCUGCUGGGUCAGACAGACAACAGUCCAGAAAUGGUCCAGAGAGUCUUCAACAACCUGAAGGAGAUGAACAGUGAUGGUAUCUCUCCUGACAGAAGCAUCAACAUCUUCCACUGUCUGACGGAGAUGAACGACCUCUCAGUACAUCAGGACAUCCAAAAGUUCCUGAAGUCAAAGAACAGAUCAAAGAGGAAACUCUCUGAGAUCCAGUGCUCUGCUCUGGCCUACAUGCUGCAGAUGUCAGAGGAGGUUCUGCGUGUGUUAGAUCUGAAGAAGUACAACACAUCAGUCCAGGGACGACUGAGACUGAUUCCAGCUGUGAGGAACUGCAGGAAGGCUGUGUUUUCUAACUGUGGACUAUCAGAGACUCACUGUGAAGUUGUGGCCUCAGCUCUGAUGUCCAAUCCCUCCCAUCUGAGAUAUCUGGACCUGGAGAACAACAAGCUGCAGGAUUCAGGAGUGAAGCUUCUUUCUGCUGGACUAAAGAGUGCCAACUGUCAACUGGAGACUCUGAAGUUGGAUCGCUGUGGUUUGUCAAAGAUCAGCUGUUCUUCUCUGGCCUCAGCUCUGAGGUCCAACCCCUCCAAUCUGAGAAAGCUGUGGCUGAGCCACAACAACCUGCAGGAUUCAGGAGUGAAGCUUCUGUGUGAUAUUCUGAAGAGUCCAAACUGUCAGCUGGAGUUUCUGUGGUUGGUCAGCUGUGGUUUGUCAAAGAUCAGCUGUUCUUCUCUGGCCUCAGCUCUGAGGUCUAACCCCUCACAUCUGAGAGAGUUGUGGCUGAGGUACAACAACCUGCGGCAUUCAGAUGUGAAGCCACUGUCUGAUCUUCAGAAGGAUCCGGACUACAGACUGAAGACUCUGCAGUGGAGUUAAAGUGAUUAAUGAGAGGAUCCUGAUGGUCCUGCUGGUCAGAGAGGAGGAAGCAGCAGCUUGUGUGUGGUGAGUCUGUAACUGGGCCGUGUUACUGGGAGACUGACAGACCAAUCCCAACCAGUGGAGAUGAGACUGCUCUGAGAUCAGCUCCACUGUGGACCUCCCUCAUGUUUCUAUUCUAACACAGAUUCUCAGCGUAAACUGCUUUAGGACUCAAUGACUGAAGAUGAACGCCUCCACUUGGAUACAGAUGUUGAGCUUUCUGUCACAGCGCCCCCCUGUGGAAAUACAUGAACCAGGGUUAGCUCAACUUUGGUAUCUUAGCUCUCUGUGGCACAGACGGAAAGCUGCAGCGACCAAAAUAACCUUUUUUUUUUAAUUCUGUUUGUCUGGUAACAUGUCAGCACUAAUGAGCAGCCAAAAUACCUGAGCAUGUACCGUUAUCUUUCUCCUCUCUGUUGAGAGUGAUUCAGACUGAUCCAUUUAUGAUGUUUUUGACACAGCAUGAAGCUCAUAAAAUGCUGUAGUUUUAUAAAUGUAUGAAAAAUGAGCACUGAUGAAAUUCUCUCUUUGUUUAGACAAGAUUUCCCCCACUGUUUUGUCCGUUUUUAUGGCUGGUAUUAAUCUAGAGUUUUUUCUUUCUGGAGUCUGCGUGCUAACAUUUUGCCUGUCUUUUCAUCCAUCUCAUAGUUUUUUCAUUUUAAUUGAUAAAGGGCAAAUUUCUAUUUAUUAUUUCUCAGGGAGUUUAGUUCAGAUUUGGCAUCAGUUAAUUCUUGAUAUAUUGUGUCAUUUUUAGGGAAGACGUGUUUAUUUUCUGGUUCUGUCAGGGUAGUUCUUAAUUUUUCUGUUUGUUUUGUAGUUUUAUUUUUAUGUGAGGCAUAGCUAAUUAUCCAGCCCUGGUAAGUGGCUUUAUAUGCUUCCCAUAUUGUUCCAAAUCUUAGUUCUUAAUUGGUGUUUUCUUUUAAAAAGAGCUCAAUGUUUUGGAUAAUCAUUGUUUUGAAGUCAGAAUUAUUUAGUGACCAUUUGGGGGACUUGAAGUUAUUAAGAAUAUGGGAGAAUGUAAUAGAAAUAGGUGAAUGAUCUGAGUAUAUUAUAUUAUGCAUCUUCCACUACUUCUGCAAAAUGAUCAUAGUUUUCAUCAAUGUUUUGAUGCCAAGUUGAAGAAAUUAUGGAAAUUAUAAAGCCAGUUUUGUUAGAUGAUUGAUAAUGAUUCAGCUGUGAUGUUACAACCAACGUUUCAACAAGAUGAUCCAGAAACUUUAACUUCACGUUGAAUCACUUCUUGGACUGGACUGGAUUUUCUGACUAAAAAUGAUUGCAACAUUAUUUUUGGCAAGUAUCUCUAUUUAAAGAUCAAACUUUGUUUUGUGACAUGUUGAUGUUGUUGCCUUAUUUUAACUGGUUUAAAUCUGUUCUCAGAUGUUUAGAGCUGAUUUUAACGUGUUUUUAACCAAAUGUUAUUGAAAUCACAGCUAGUGCUCUCUGGGUAUGUACCCCGCCACUUUAGUUCAACAGAUGAUCUCCAUGACCUGAACUCAGCUUGAACCCUCCUCUGGCUGUUAGACCACACACACUCCAUGAAAAGGGAAGUCCGUAAAAUAGAGCGCAAAUGGAAGGUCCAUAAACUCCGUAUUCAUCACAGGAUCUUUCAAACUGGAUUUCCUAAACUACAAAAAAAUCCCUAAACUGUUUAGCACUCUGGACUGCCUUGUUGGUCCUGAAUGAGGUCUUCCACCUGCCCCCUGGAUGCAGUCCCUACAAGGCUCCUAAAGGAAACCAUGCCACAAUCUGCCCUUAUAUUUCAGCCAUUAUAAGUUCCUCUCUUCAGCUGGCUUUUUCCCUAUUUAGUAAUUACCAUAGUGGAACCCCACCUCAAAAACCACCCUUGAAAACUACUACUACUUCCUGGAAGAAGUAGUUUUUAAGCAACUCCAAUCUCAUCUAUCUGACAGUAGUCUAUUUUUAAAAACAUUCCAGGUGUGUAAUGAACUUUUAUUGGCAGAAGAUGGCAGCAGCUGCACCACUCUUGUCCUCCUGGAUCUAAGCGCCAUCUUCAGUACAAUAGAUCCUAACAUUCUUGUUAUCAGAUUACAGAAGUGGGCAGGUAUCGGUGAUGUGGCCCUAGACUGGUUCAGGUCUUACCUUAAUAACAAGUGCUUUGCUGUGUUCAUAGCUGGGUCUGUCAAAGACUAAGCUUUCCCAUGGGGUCCACCAGGGUUCAGUCUUAGCUCCAGCUUUAUUUCCCAUCUAUAUGCACCCUCUUCACAGUGUUAUUUAUAAAUCAUCCAUUUUCACUGCUACGUGACUUUAUGUCCCCAUCGCACCUGGUGACGGGUCAAACAUCAAUAAUUUAAGCAAGUCUCACAGAAAUCAAAUCCUGGAUGUCAGACAACUUUCUACAACUUAAAGGAAACAAAACCUGGAGUUAUUGUCAUUAGUCCCUAAAAGAAAUUAAAUCACCUCACAGCUCGGUAACUUAAGUCCUUUAGUAAAAUCCUCUGCCAGAAAUCUUGGAGUCAUUUUUGAUCAAGAGUUGUGCUUUGUUUAAAAGUUGUCCAGUCCUGCUUUUACCACCACAGAAAUACAGCCAAUGUCAAAUCCCUCAUGUCAGCUAAUGACUUAGAAAAACUCAUUCAUGCUUUUAUUGAUAACUGUGACUCAUGAUACACCUGUCUCAGCCAGAAAUCAAUCCACCACUAGCAGACAGUGCAAAACGCAGCAGCUCAGCUUCUAAGAAGAUCCAACAAAUGUCCUCAUAUUACAGUAGUUUCAGCUUCUCUUUGCUGGUUGAGCAUGAACAUGUCACAUUAACUUCUAUUUAUAAUAACGCUAUUUACAUUAAACACACUUUACAUUUUAAACAAACCCCAAAGUACUACAUAAUUAGGAAACAUAAUAAAGGUCAAACAUUAAGAACAUGAGUAUUUAAACAGUCAGAGCAAGCAGAAGUUAGGAAUCACUGAGAGCAGUUGGACAAACAGUCACUGUAACUGUAAAGAAGGUAUAAAAUGGUUAAUCACAUUCAUGGAUGCUGUACUGGAAAGGUUUGAAGUCUCUUUUUGAAUAUCUUAACCAGCUGUGGCACCCUCUGGUGGUCAGGGAGGGGGAUCUACAGCCACGGAGCAGCAGCCUGGAAGGACCAAUCCCCCCGAGAUGAGUUCAGUCCUGGAGGGAUGGAGACUGUGCUUUUGGAGCACAUGUUUUUUUGUGGUGGUUUGUGGGGUGAGAAUUUCCAUGUCGUCUCCUCGACCGGGCGUGCAUCUUUCAAACUCCAUAAACUCCAAAACUAUGAAUAGAAACACACCA